GGCAAUAGCGUGCGACAAGGACAGCAAUAUAAAUUAGUUUUACCGUUUCACCGCUACACGGAGCUAGCACUUCGUCUGUAGAUACGAUAACUGGUAAAUGAUAAAGUCACCGUACUACAAAAGGAAAUUUUUGAGUGUAUGUGUUACAGGAUGUACGCAACGAGUAUAAUUUGUUAAACGACGUAGAGCACGAUGGAUUAUCUCAACUACUCUCUUCUCGCAAUCUCUAACUGAUUCCUCGGCUACUCUUAUUUCUUUGGCGAUUAUUAUAUAUCUUCUUGUCGAUUGUUAUAUAUCUCCUUGACGACUGUUAUGACUCCUUGUCGAACUGUCAAAAAACUGGCUAUUUUUCCGCGCUUUCUUGUCUUCGUGUUUCAUAAAGUUGGCGCUGUUAAUUUCCCGGAAACGUAUUUUUUGAUGAGCGGAAGUACCUGACGCUAUCUGGUUUAUUGGAAAUAGCUACGUUACUUUAGCGAUGUGCGACAUUUAAGGUUAUUUUAGCUAAGUUUUACAAAGUGGAUGAAGAUUGUUACGACUACAGUUACAAUUUGAUUUGCCCGGUCUUCAAUGUUGUUAAAUUGAAAAUAAUGCGAUGAUGGAUGUGGAUUUAUUAAGACCUGGCACUGUACCAAUAUCUCCUGACACAAUUCUUUGGUUUGAGUUUUUAUUAAAUCCAUCCUUGUUACAACAACAUUUAUCUAAACCCUCUCCUGAUCCCUCAGCUACGGACUUAAUAAUCAAGUUUAUGACAAUAAAUUCAGAUCAAAAGGAGAAUGAAGUGAAAAUUGUUGAUUCAGAAUCUAACGACACAAAACCUAACACCACAAUUAAAUGGACUCAUAGAAAUCUUGCUUUGAAAAUUCUUUCUUUGAAAGUAGCAGCUCAUUUAAGAUGGGAUUUGGAUAUAUUAGAAAAGAAAUUACCAUUACCAAUACAGUUAACGUUGCUCCAAGAUCUUCUUUAUAUAACAUCAGAUUUAACUGUUGAAAUACCAGCUAUACCUGAAUUUACAAUGCAUCCAAUGUCUGAUCAAUUGCUAUUUACAAUUGUUUUAUAUCAUAGAUGGCAUAUAAGGGCAAUUCUUUAUAGAGCCUUAAAUAACAAACAAUCAAAACAACAAUUUCUUCAUAUUCCAGGUAUACAGGAGUCAACAUAUGUACCUCCUGGAGUAGUAGAUGAUAUAAUUAGAAAGUUAGAAACUCAAGUAUCUAAUAGUAUAAAUGUUUUGAAUAAUGUUCUUGAAAGUAAAGAUAUAAAUCCAAAAAUGUUAUCUUUUGAUACUUUUCAAAUGUUAUCUGAAGAUAGUACAGAGAUAAAACAAAAUUGGGAAAAUAUGUAUUCUAUAAAUUUAGAAGAAUUUAAAUGCCAGAUACAUUAUGAUUUAGCAAGACUUCAUUUGUUAAAAGAAGAAUACAAAGAAGCAAAGCGUCAUAUUAUACAAGCCAAAGAACUAUUUUAUAAUUUAAGUAAUUUGGAAGAGAAAUUAUAUUGCAAAGUUCAAAAAGAAUAUCUAGAUGGUUGUUGCUUAGCAUGUGAAGUACCUGUAGAAGGAGUUACUUCCAGUCUUACUCAGCAAUUGCAAGCAUCAAUUAAAGAUCAAUAUACUAAUAUAUUGCAGAUUCUACAAGCAGACAAUAUUUCAAGAGAAAUUCCUCAAGUUUAUAGGGAUAAUUUAGAACUUGAUGUGCAAGGAGGAUCUGUUAAUAGAAAAAUUGUUGUAGCUCGUGAUCUUUUGCUUCAAAUUCAGUGUUUAAAUUUAAUUAGGAAAAUUUUGGAUGGUAAUAUAAUUCUUGGUGAUUAUGUAACAGAAAUACAAGCAGCUGGUAGCAAAGGAAUUGAUGUAUUUUUUUCGGCUCUUGAAAACGUUUUAGAACAAGCUAGUGCUACAGACAAAAAUCGUAUUUCUCACUAUCUUCUUUAUCUUGUUCAUACAAGUAAUAUUGAUAGGUUUGCUUCUAAAAUACUCAGUAAUCCAUCAUAUAUGGCAUUAUUUAAUGAAAAUGAACUGGAUGUAAUUAGAAAAUCUGCCUCUGUUGAAGAACUUGAAAUACCAGAUUUAUUAUUGAAAAAUGAUUGGGGUAUUCCAUUAACAACAUAUACUCAAAACUCAAGACUAGAGAUAUUUGGAUUAGAACAAAAAUUAAUACAGUCAUACGAUACUAAUGAAAUUCACGAAACAUUAAUACACCUAGAUGGCAAACACCGAAUGAAACCACUAUGGCAUGUAAAUAGUUGUUGGGAAUUACCUAUUCCAUUACAAAGUGUUGUAAUAUCUCUACCUAGAGGUUUUCUUCAAGAUUAUUCGUAUGUAUUAUUAGCAAAAAGUAGAGAAUUGGUAAUGUCUAAGGAUUUUGAAGGAGCAAUUGAAAUUUUAAAUGUAUUGGAAAAAGAAGUGCAGCAGCAUUCACAAAGUGGCAACACAUUAAUAUUUAAAUUGUCUAAAUUAGUAAAUUGGGAAUGCCUUCUUGUAGAAAUUUGGAGGUGUUUUCACAUUUGGCCAGCAACAAGUAUAUGUGAUACACAAAAUUUAGUCACAAGAUGUAAGCAAUGUCUUGGAGCAUUGCAAGCAACAGAUCAAGUUAUACCACGACAAGAAAUAAUUGAAUAUUGCAUUGUUUUUCUUUUAAAUAUGACUGAAUGGGAAUAUUUAACAAGUUUAGAAAAACGUUGGAGUUAUUCAGAGUUUGCAGCAGCUAUUAGUAGCGUGUGUCAAGAUAUUGUUAAAUACAAAGGUGGAAGGAAAUUUCCAAGAGAAGCAUGGGAUAUGGUAUUGGCAGCUUUUGGACCAAGUAGAGAUCAACCACAAAAACGAAGUAACAGUGGCAAUAGUGGAACAAGUACUGGUAGUGCUUCGCGAGAUGUUAUUGCUAGUAUUGGAGGUACACUUAAUAGAUUGCGUGAACCUAUGGUUCUCACUGUUGUUAUUUCAUUAUUAGCACGUUUGCGAAAUGUUUUACGUGAUGAAUCUAGUCUUGAAUUACACACACAAUAUCUUUCCCUUUGGCCUGCUGGUGUACCAAAUGCUAAUUCUUAUAAUAUCCGAAGUAUUGGAGAACUAUUGUUUCAAUUAUUAACACAAGCUUUGAAAUACUAUCCAAGUAAUGUUCCUUGGUUGAGAUUGAUGGGAGAUCUUAAUUUUGUUUUAGGAUACUAUGAGAGUGCAAUAAAAUACUAUUUAGAAGCUAUAAUGGUAGCUAGUGAUUUCUUCAGUCAACCAAUACCGAGGUCACAGAUCGAUGAUCUCGUUUAUAGACGCAUGAUUAAAUGUUGUGCUCAUUUACAAUGUUAUACCCAAGCUGCUGUACUAUGUCAAUUUUUAGAGGAAGUAGAUUAUACCUUAGCUUUUAAAAUGGCAGCUAGUGAUCAAAAAAGUUGCGCGCCAGCAGAUGCUAUGGAUGCAUAUUACUAUUGUAUUUGGGAUACUACAAUACUAGAGUAUCUUAUUCAGUUACAUACAAAGCGUGGUGAACAUCAUAGGAAACAAUUAGCGAUCAAGGUAAUUGGCUCGUUAGAAUUGAAUUCUAAUAAUAACGAAGAAAUACAAAGAGAAGCAGCAAAUAUUCGGAAAGCAAAGUUCUUAAGAGCAUUGGCAAAACAGUAUGUUUAUUUUACAUAUUACAGUAUUUUUAACAUGGAUGAUGAAGAAGGAUCAUCAAGUUCUGGACCUAUGUCUUCAUUGAAUAGUUUAUUUUCAUUUACUAGUCCUGCUGUAAAAAAAUUGCUUGGUUGGAAACAGGGCGAUGAAGAAGAAAAAUGGGCAGAAAAAGCAGUUGAUUCACUAGUAAAAAAAUUGAAGAAACGAAAAGGUGCAAUAGAAGAAUUGGAACGUGCUUUAAGUUGUCCAGGCACACCUAGUAAAUGCGUAACAAUUCCAAGGAGUUUAGAUGGUAGAUUGCAAGUUUCACAUCGUAAAGGCUUGCCACACGUAAUUUAUUGCAGAGUAUGGAGAUGGCCAGAUUUGCAAUCACAUCAUGAAUUAAAGCCAUUAGAAUUGUGUCAGUAUCCCUUCUCUGCUAAACAGAAAGAAGUUUGCAUCAAUCCUUAUCAUUAUAAAAGAGUGGAAAGUCCAGUACUACCACCUGUAUUAGUUCCUAGGCAUUCAGAAUAUGCUCCUGGACAUUCAUUGUUACCAUUUCAACAAAUAGCAGAACCAACAAUGCCACACAAUGUAUCUUAUUCCUCUAGUGGAUUUAAUGCUGGCUCUACUAGUGGUGUAAAUCCAACUUCACCUAUGUCUUCUGUUGGAUCUGUACCAAGUCCAGGAAGCACAACAUCACCAAAUCCACAAAGUCCAUAUGGUACUAAUGGACUACCAGAAACUCCUCCUCCAGCAUACUCUCCACCUGAAGAUGGUUCACAACCUGGACAAUCACCACCACCUGAUCCAGUAGCAAUGGAUACAAGUGGAUCAGCUGAAGUAGCUCCAGUAUGUUACCAAGAACCACCUUACUGGGCCUCUAUUGCAUAUUAUGAAUUAAAUUGCAGAGUGGGUGAAGUUUUUCAUUGUCAUUCUCACUCUAUUAUUGUGGAUGGCUUUACAAAUCCAAGCAACAAUUCUGAUCGCUUUUGUCUUGGACAGUUAUCCAAUGUAAAUCGUAAUUCUACUAUUGAAAAUACAAGAAGACAUAUAGGCAAAGGGGUACAUUUAUAUUACGUUGGUGGUGAAGUUUAUGCAGAAUGUCUCUCUGAUUCUGCUAUAUUUGUGCAAUCUAGAAAUUGUAAUCAUCAUCAUGGAUUUCAUCCUAGUACCGUUUGUAAAAUUCCACCAGGAUGUUCAUUAAAAAUAUUCAAUAAUCAAGAGUUUGCCCAAUUACUUUCACAAAGUGUUAAUCAUGGUUUUGAAGCAGUUUAUGAAUUAACAAAAAUGUGUACUAUAAGAAUGUCAUUUGUCAAAGGCUGGGGUGCUGAAUACCAUAGACAAGAUGUUACAUCUACUCCUUGUUGGAUUGAAGCACACUUACACGGACCUUUACAGUGGUUAGAUAAAGUGUUAACACAAAUGGGUUCACCUCAUAAUGCUAUAAGUUCUGUCUCGUAAUUUGUGCUUCAUAUUUAAUAGCAAGGAGAGAAAAUAGUAAAAUGUAGGAAAACCUGAUAAUUCAAGGACAAUUUUUAAUAUUACAUAGAGCGAUAAUAAAUUAGUUAUCAUAAGAGAUUUAUGAAAGUAUCAUAAAAGUGGUAAAUGAAAAACUGCCCAAUGUGAGAUUUUUUUCAUGUGAGUAAAUUGAACUUAAUGAUAUGAUUAUGAAAAAUGGUUGCAAAAGUGAAACUAUUGAAAGUGAUCCUUAUUAAAGAAAUUUUGGAGAUUGCAGUGUACACAUAAAAGCUGUACAAUUUUUUGGCUGUUAUAUAGGAAAAGAAUUAUAGCAAAAAUAUGUGUUAUAUAUGAAGAAUCAUAUUUUUCAAAUAUAUUCAAUUACAUCUAAUACUUUAUUUUAUAUGAAAAAAAUUGUUAUGAAAAUAUUUCAUAAAACUAAUAUUACAAAUGCUUCAUUGUAUGAAUUGCAUGAAUUGUUUCAAUACUUAUAUUGAAAUCUAUGUAUACACGAAGAACGGAUUAACUAUAAUUGAACAAAACAUCAUUAUUAAACAAUAUACGGGAAUGAUUCAGAAUUAUAUAAAGUAACAUUUUAACUUUUAUCAUUUUUAAUACAAUGUGCAUCUUUUGAAACAUCUGAUUUAUGCCUAAGCAAGCCUUAGACUAUUUAAAUUUAUUACUCUAAAGACUAUAAUCCAAGUGUAAUUAAUUUCAAUUUUCGUAAUGGUAAUUAAGAAUACUAAUAAUAUUUUAAUAUAGACAUCAGAUGCUGAUCUCACGUUGACAUUUGGAAGUUAACUGUAUCUGAUGACAUAUUGGAAUAUUAAUUUUGGUAAUUCAUGUAAAAAUAUUUUUUGUGCUACGUUCCCUAAUAUUCGCGAUAUGUAAGUCUUUUGAUAUAGCCUUAUAAGAAAUUAAUGUGACAACUAACAUAAAGUCAUCUACUUACUACUUGUUGAUUUGAGAGUAAUAUAAGACUUAUGUGUCAACUUGCACUUUUCAGAAGUGUUUACAAAUUUCAAGCUUUGACAGAAGUUUAUGUAUAUAUAAAAAAUAUACUAUUAUAUGAUGUUACGUGUAAUUCAAAUAAUUGGUAUUACAUUCGGUACAAAUCAUGUGAAAAUUUUAUGAAUUGAAUUCUGAAAAGUGCCAAAAAUGUGUGUAUUUGAUACCUUUUAUUUAUCAUUUAAAUCGUCGAAAAUUAUUUUUAUUGAUCACCCGGAAACGCAAGUUUUAUCAACAGAAAAAAGAUUUACUUAGAAAAUAUUCAGUUAUGAAAGAUAUUGCUUGUUUUAUAUAUUUUACACAACAUGCGAAUUUUAUAAGAAUAUUAUAAUAGUGAGUUUAAGAAUUAUGUACACAAGAAUACAUACAUUCGAUAAUGAGCUGGAAAGGUCAUAUGAAUAUUUAGUUGAGAUUAAGUAAAAUUAAAUCACUGAACAAUGUUAUGCAUUGAAAGUUUAUUGCAACCAACGCUCUAUGUCUUUUUACGUAUUCAUAACAAAACGUUAAUUUCAUAAUAUAGAUAUUUAUUAUAUACAUCAAUCUUAAUUUACAUUAAGGUAUACAUAUUAUUGAAAAAGCACAAAUUUUGAUUUAAUUAAUGUCACGAUCGGAAAUACCUGUAAUAUAUAUUCGAUUGAUCUUCUGGCUUGCUGAUAAAUUCAUGGAUUAUACUUCAAAUUAUUUUUAUGUAUAUUUUAUGUAUAUUCAAUUGUAAGAGAAUGGACGAAGUAUACGGAUCAUGUAAUUUUAACAAAGAGUACUUGAGAACUGGAACAGAAGUCACUGCCGCUUGCUGUUACUUAUUUGUCGAUGUACCUAGCUGUGAUUGUUUGCUACCAAAUUUAGCAAAUUACGUGUGGGUGAUCAACGAUGAUAAAAGUAUUUGCUUUACUUUACUCUGCUUUUAUUGGAUCAAUGAAGAUGAAGAUAUGUAUUUGAAUUUAAAAGCAUAAAUCGUACAAGGAAAUAUGACAAUAACGUCUUAAAAAAAAAAAAAAAAAAUGCGAAUAAAAAUAUUCAAU